CGACUUCUCCUGUCCCACACUCUCCGCUUUGCUCCCUGUGUGUCCUGAAGGAAGGGGAUGUGCUCCCGAGAUUUUCCACAGCAAGUGAUGACAGCAUUUGAAGACCUGGCUGUGUACUUUACGUGGGAAGAAUGGCAGAAAAUGAACAAUGCUCAGAAAAUCCUGUACAGAGAUGUGAUGCUGGAGACCUACAGCAGCCUGUUCUCCUUGGGGCACUGCAUUACCAAACCUGACUUGAUCUUCAAAUUGGAGCGAGGAGAAGAGCCAUGGAUCGUGGAUGAAUGCUUGAAUCUGAGCCUUUCAGUGGUCAUGAAAAGGGAUGACCUGAUUAGGAUCAACCAGGAAAGUCAGGACAAAAAUCUGAAUCAGGAUUUUAUGAAAAAUAACAAGACAUCAGCUCUCAAGAGAAUUGAAUUAAGAAGAACACUUAGUUUAAAUUCAAGCCAUGUUCCAACACUGAUUAUUAAAAAGCGAAUCUAUUCAGGAUUGAAGCCUGAGGAAUGCAAUAAAUGUCACACUGUGUAUCCCCCCAGGGGGCCUGAUCAACUACAGGCUGGAGAGAAAUUUGAUAACACUAAGAUACCUGGAAAAUCUCUCCAGUUCUGUGAGCCUCUUAGCCAGCUUGACAAUAUUCACAUCAUGAAGCAGCCAUUUGGACCCACUGGACAAGCAAAAGUCUUCACAAGAAAGAUGUUCUGUAAAUCUGAGAGGGUUCAUAUGGCAGAAAACUGUAAUAAGUCAACUGUCACUUUUGGAAAAGCAACGCAAAUAGAAAAAGCUAUCCAUGAAAAUUCUAGCCUCAAUAUGCAUCAACAAACUCACACAAGAAAGAAAUUUUAUAAGUACAUUUUGUAUGUUGAACCUGUCAUUCACCAGUCACAUCUUACAAUAAACCAGAGACUAAAUACAAGGGAAAAACUUUACACAUGUAAACCUUGUGGAAAAUCACUCAGUUUUAAUUCACCUUCUGAAUGUAAUGACUGUGGAAAAGCCUUUAGACAAAAUUCAGUCCUCAGGAAACAUCAGCAAAUUCACACAGGGGAGAAACCUCAUGAAUGUAGUGACUGUAGAAAAGCCUUUACACAAAAGUCAUACCUCAUAAACCAUCAGCGAAUUCACACAGGAGAGAAACUUUAUAAAUGCCUUGAAUGUGGAAAAGGCUUUCUGUGGAAGUCAGACCUCAUCAUACACCAGCGAAUUCAUACAGGGGAGAAACCUCAUAAAUGUAAUGACUGUGGAAAAGCAUUUGGAUACAAGUCAGCCCUCCUCAUACACCAGCGAAUUCACACAGGGGAGAAACCUCAUAAAUGUAAUGACUGUGGAAAAGCCUUUGGACAAAAGUCACACCUCAUCAUACACCAGCGAAUUCACACAGGGGAGAAACCUCAUAAAUGUAAUGACUGUGGAAAAACCUUUGGACAAAAGUCACACCUCAUCAUACACCAGCGAAUUCACACAGGGGAGAAACCUCAUAAAUGUAAUGACUGUGGAAAAGCCUUUGGACACAAGUCACACCUCAUCAUACACCAGCGAAUUCACACAGGAGAGAAACCUCAUAAAUGUAAUGCCUGUGGAAAAGCCUUUGGACAAACGUCAGGCCUCAGGAAACAUCAGCGAAUUCACACAGGGGAGAAACCUCAUAAAUGUAAUGACUGUGGAAAAACCUUUGGACACAAGUCAGGCCUCAGGAAACAUCAGCGAAUUCACACAGGGGAGAAACCACAUAAAUGUAAUGACUGUGGAAAAGCCUUUGGACACAAGUCGGGCCUCAGGAAACAUCAGCGAAUUCACACAGGAGAGAAACCUCAUAAAUGUAAUGACUGUGGAAAAGCCUUUGGACGAAAGUCAGACCUCAUCAUACACCAGUGAAUUCACACAGGGGAGAAACCUCAUAAAUGUAAUGACUGUGGAAAAGCCUUUGGACAAAAGACUAACCUCAUAUCACAGCAGAGAAUUCACACAGGGUAGAAAACUCAAUUGUAGUAACUGAGGAAAGCAUUUAGCUAUAAGUCAACCUUCAUCAUGCAUCAGAGAAUUCACACAAGGCACAAACCUUAUGAAUGUAAUGACUGGAAAAGCCUUUGGACAAAAGUCAAACCUGAAUGCACCAGAGAAUGCACACAGUAUUGAAACUUCAUGAGUGUAAUGACUGUGGAAAAACUUAAGUUCCAACUCCAAAUGCAUCAGAGUAUUCACACAGGGAAAUAACCUUAUAAAUGUAAUGACUGCAGAAAAGCCUUUUUCUAUAAGUUAUAUUCAUAUCAAAACAGUUCACACAGGGCAGAAACCUUAUGAAUCUAGUAAGUGUGGAAAAGCCUUUAUAAAUCAUAUGUUAUAAAUCAUAGCUCAUAUCACACCACAGAAUUCACACCAGGGAGAGACUUCAUGAAUGCAAUGACUGUAGAAAAGCCCUUGGCAAUAAGUCACAUCUCAGAAUGCAUCAGAAAAUGCACAUGAAGAGAAACCUUUUGGACAUAAUGACUUGGAAAGCUUUUCCCCAUAAUUCAGCCCUCAUUGCACAUCAUCUAAUUCAUAUGGGGGAAAACACUUCGGAUAUAAUGCAUAUGGAAAAGCCUUUAUCCAUAAGUAACACCUCAUAAAACAUCAGAAUUCACAUGGGGGAGAAACCUUAUGAAUGGAAUGAAUGUUGGAAAACUCUGCCAAAAUCACACAAUAUAACAUCAGAGAAUUUAUUACAUGGU